UUCCAAUGACGUCUGGGGCGUACGUCGCUCUCUCCCCCACCCCUCCCUCUCUUAUCAACUUUGGGCUUUGUCCUUUGGGGCAUUCAUUGUCAAUGGAUGAAGAAAGGUUGGGAAGGAAGGAAGAAAGUCAGAUUAGGAAGCUGGUAGGGAGGAGCAGAAGACCAAGAAUCUUCAAACCUUGACCGCGUUACUAUUCCAAUAAUCCUCUAGAGAUGGAGAAAAAGAUCUCAUUUUGAAGUUGAACUGGUCAGCAAUGGACUCUCUCUCUCUCUCUCUAGUACUCUCCUCCUCAUACUCCACAAGAUCCAUGACCUGAGACGGGUCCAAGCAGAAAAAAAAAAUUGGAUUUUCUCAGUCAAACUUCUCCCUCUUCUGUUCAUCAAUCGUUGCCUACUCGUUUUAGUACUAAAGGUAUGUUAACCUUCCCUUAUAUACAAAUCCUCACCUUCUCCUCCUUCAGGGUUUUAUCUUACCUCAUCUUCUUCCACACUCUCUCUUACUGUGAUACUGUGUGAGACUAAUCAUCGAAAAAGACAACAACCCACUUCACCCAAUUUGAAUUGCAGUGUCACUGAUCUAAUUCAAGCUUCUAUUUUGAUGUUUGUAGCUUCUGAUUCUAUACUUCUCCUCAGUUCUUUCCUGAUCCUCUCUUCUUCCCUUUUCCCCCAAAAAGAAAGUUUUUUUAAUCCUUACUCUUGACAUGAACUAAUAGUACUCUCUGUUCUCUGAGUCCAACCAUUGAUCCCACCGGUACGAUCCAUUAAAAAUUCAGAAAAGGGGGGACAAAUGGAGAACGUUGGAGAUUUGGAGCAGACAACUUUGCUGAAUGAGCUAAUGCAGGGGAAGGAUCUGGUGAAGCAGCUUCAGAUGCAUCUUGAUCCGUCGUCUUCGGAUGAUGAGAUGCGAAAUAUGUUUGUGGAGAAGAUACUAACUUCCUACGAUACGGCACUGUCCAUGCUGAAACGGGGCGGUGGUUCAGAUGGGGAGGUUCGUUCUGGAGGAGCCACCGCCGGCAUGUCGGACUCUCCUUGCUCUGAUGGUGGAAGUCCCCUCAGUGAGGACUCCGAUCGCAGAGACAUUUAUAAGAAAAGAAAGAUGAUGCCCAGAUGGACAGAACAAGUACGCGUUAGUUCAGGGACUGGGCUUGAAGGACCUCUUGAUGAUGGCUACAGUUGGAGGAAAUAUGGCCAGAAGGACAUCCUUGGAGCUAAAUAUCCAAGAGCCUAUUACAGAUGUACCCAUCGUAAUGUUCAAGAUUGUUCGGCUACAAAGCAAGUGCAAAGAUCAGAUGAAGACCCAUCGAUCUUCGAAGUCACCUACCGGGGAAGACACACCUGCAUCCAGGCAACCUAUAUAAUUCCGGCAAUGGGGUCGUUGUCGAACUCGAAGAAAGGGCCUAAGCAAGACCAUGUCCUACAGAAACAGAAAAAUCAACAAGAAGAACAGAAAGCACAAGAUAUACUCUUGAACUUCAAAACUGGUCUGAAAGUGAGAACCAAGGACUUGGACACUGGAGAGAAGCAGCUCAUGAGCUCCUCCUCCUUCUCCUUCCCUUCUAUUGGAUGCUCAAAGUCUGAAAACCACAUCUUCUCCCCACCCACAGUGGACCAUGAUUACAUGGGCAGCUUCUCUCCUUCCUUUAUACCCCUAGUGACAGCCGAAUCAAACUAUUUCCCGGUGUCACCGGGACAGGUUAACAGCUUUGGAGGUUGUGGAUCUCAGAAUUUGAACACCUCUGAAUGUGAUCUCAAUGAGAUCCUCUCAGCUGCUACAUCAGCAACCAAUUCUCCUACUGUGGAUUUGGAUUUCCCAAUAGAAUUCGACCCAUAUUUUCCAUUCAAUAGCCCUGACUUCUUCCCUUCAUGAAACUGAAAUCCUCAUUUAGUGCACUUGGGAUUGUGAAUUAGCCACAGAUAGAAUCCAUCACAGGAUUUUUCCUUUGGUGGAUUCCAUCUGCAUGGAUCAUCCUGUACGAGAACCUGAUCUGCUCUCACCCAUUGAUCCUUCCAAGUUUCUCGGCCUAAUAGCAUUAGGCAUGUGCUUGUGUUAUUGAAGCUUCCUCUAUUCCCCCAAGAGAUUUCUUUUUUUCUUUUUUUAAUUUUUUGAGAGCUAUAACCUGAAAAUGGAGGGUAGAGAUUCUUAACCUGUUCUCCACUUGUUUCAAUCCUUUUAGUUAAUGAAUUUUUCUGCAGUUCUCUUCAUCCUAAUUGCCAUUGCAAUUUCUUUCUAACCUCAGUGCUGUGAAGAAGUUUAGAUUGUUCCUGACUCAAUGAAUAGUAUUGUGUUUGUUUCUUAAUUUGUAUUAGUUGAGAAGGUUAUCUAAUAAUAUGGGUACAAAUCCCUGAGUUGGAUACUUGGGAUGUAAUUUUCUUUGACCCAUUAAAGACAAAUAAAAAUGCAAUCUUUUCAGUCACCAAAUGAUUUGGUGUUGUGGUGUAUAAAGGGGGGUGGUUCUUAACCAAUUAUUUCUCUCCUAUUAGUGGGGUUGAUAUGCUCCACCAAUCUUUUUUUUUUCUCUUACCAGUUAUUACUUAGUGUGGGUGGCUGAUCUUUAUUAAUGUAACUGUUCUAGGGGAUAUGUAAAUAUCCUCUUUGUUGAUAGCUAUGUAAAUGAUAUUGUUUGCCUCUUCUUGCAUCA